AAAAGGGAAAAACAGAAAGGGGUGGAGGGAGGCAAAGUGCAGAAAGUACUGUGGAAAUUACAACUAGAUAGACAGACGACAGACAUCUACGACAUCGAGUCGCUCUCGACGGGAAUUUGACGGAAACGUCACUAGUUUCGAAAUUGCGCUUUCGUAGGCUCUUCUUCCGCGAAAUCUUUGUUCUGUUGUCACGUAUAUAUCUUGCCUCCUUCUAGAAUUUCUCUGCGUGUCCGGUAUGCGCUAAGUGAGUCACACGCAGGAUGUAAUGUUACGUCAAAACAAAAACAAUCUCGCUACUGCUAAUUGCGAAGAUAAGUUGCGGUCGCGACUACGGUAUUCUCCGCUAGUCUCUUGGCUGCUCCUCAUCCUCGCACGCUCGACGAGAAGAAAAACGAAUGAGGAAGCGGGGGCGGAAGCGCUCGUAUCGCGAAUCGGAUAAUUUAUGAACGUGCCGCGCAAUGUGUGUGCACGUACACGCAUAUAUAUAUAUAUAUAUAUAUAUACGCGAUAGCGUACGCGACGGCGAUGGCAAAAAUGUUGGCGAAGACCGCGGCGCGUUGAUAUAGGCGACACGACGUGGGAGAGUGGGACACGCGUUUCAUGUGCCGUGAAAUAUAGUGAAAGCGGCGAGCGACGUCUGGGACGAUCGCGUGUGACGAUCAUUAGUUAGCGAUCGCAUCAGCACGAGAGAGAAGCUGGGCUGCUGGGCAGCACAUCGUAUUUCUGCGACGAUAUCCGCGUUGUGUUUGCGUCUCGCUGCGACAGUAGGACCGUCGUCGUUGAGAAACUGCCGCAUUCCGUGAUCAGGUGAUGUACGGCGUCCUCGUACAACGUCGUUUUACGUGACAAUAAUUCGCCCGUCCUCGAGACGGCGAACGCGAUCAGCUGUUGUGACUGUUUCGUGUACGUCUAAUAUCUAAUAAUCCGAGGAUGCUCGUCUCGCGGGAUAUAAUUCCGUGACAAAUAUAAUAACGUCAAUUUCGCGAUACGGAUACGCGAAAAGUGAAAAUUCGACAUAACCGGAGUUAAAAAUGUUUGUCAAACGUGAUUUUUUUUUUUUAAAGCUUAACGCGCACCUAGAAUUAUGUGCAUGAGAUAAGGUUGAAUGUCGAAGAUUAUGACGGACAGCGUAAAGAUCUAUCGAUGUUUGUGCAACUCUGGGGUGCACCGUCUCGUUCGUCAUGUACACAUGAUUAUCCGAGUUCAUGCGUUCUGUUAUCGUCCGCGGUGAGCAAACGACGACGAGCGCGGAAGGGAGCUCUCCGCCGCGAGGAGAUCGGCGAACGCAAUCCUCGUCGUUUGUAACCGGCACCGAUCUACAGGGGAUGCCUAGCCUACACUCGCUCGUCGUAAGACGAGCUCCGCUAACUGAUAUGGGUACCGCGACAAGUUCGGUGACUUCCGUCAAUCCGCCCACCAAGAUCGCGGUUAAUUCCAAGAAGAUCGACAAGGCUAAAUUUAGCGGCAUCAAGCUACCUCUGAUACGCAAGGAAGCCAGCGUGGUGAAUCUCUCCUUGACAGAGAGAAAUGCGCUUGGUAAAGAGGUAGACGCGCCCCUCCUGCGACCUGAAAGCAGCGCAAGCCUGGAAGCACGAGGUGGCAGCUGGAUGAGCCUGGGUCCUGGCGCCCUGAGAAAAUGCGAAACCGCUGUGGGAUUAAGUACCUCAGCUCUGGAAGGAAGACCGAUAAAUCGUAGUAGAGUAUGCUCUCGCUGUUCCAGUUUGUUAUCCCUGGCAUCUAGCUCACGUUACAGCUUGGCUGCUGGUAAUUUCGUUCCUGCAGGUUCGCAACAAACAAUUGGACGAAUAUUUUGUAAAUUAUGUCUUGUCGAUAUCUCUCUCUCCAAAACAUUUAAGAUUGAGGGAUGCGGUUGUUCCUAUUGUAAAGAUUGCAUGCGUGCCUAUGUAGAAUUUGAAAUUGAGGAAGGUGCGUACGAAAUUAGUUGUCCCGAUGCUCAAUGUGAUCACGGCGCAAUACUAUCUUUGAAAGAGAUAUCGGGUCUUGUCAGUGUAGAACUUAUGGAAAAACAUUGCAAGUUUCGUUUGAACAGAGAUGUAUCGAUGGACAAAGGACGUGCAUGGUGUCCACGAGCGGGUUGUGAGACAAUAUGUUCGAUAAACGGUAAUGGUGGAAACAGCACCCCUUUAGGCUCUGUUCACUGUCCCAACUGUUCCACAAAUUUUUGUUCAAUAUGUCGCGAGCCUUGGCACAAUGGACCCUGUUCAGAACUUCCGUUAGGAAUACCGUUUGGUAGUGAUCACAUUAAAUGUUGUCCCAUGUGUUCCGUACCGAUAGAAAAGGACGAAGGUUGUGCUCAAAUGAUGUGCAAAAGAUGUAAACAUGUGUUUUGCUGGUACUGCUUAGCGUCCUUGGAUGACGAUUUUUUAUUGCGACAUUAUGACAAGGGACCAUGUAAGAAUAAAUUGGGACACUCACGAGCGUCCGUGAUAUGGCAUCGAACGCAAGUUAUCGGGAUAUUUGCUGGUUUUGGCCUACUUCUACUUGUCGCAUCGCCCUUGCUAUUAUUAGCGGCACCUUGUAUUGUAUGUUGUAAAUGUCGCGUUUGUGGUUCUUCCAGACUCGAACAGGAAGAAGGCGAUACUGCAACAUAGAACCUUCCAAACUUUUUAACCGAUUUUUGCUUAAUUAUUUCUUUGAAUUAAAAUAAACAUUUUUUCUAGAUUUCUACAUAUGGGAGGUAAUAAAAUUGGCAAUUUAUAUAGAUAUACAUUACAUUUUGUUAAGUUUAUGUUUUAUUUUAUUUUUAUGCGUUAAUAGAUUAUACACAUAAUAUAAAAGGGCAGAAUAUAUAUCUCUUGUCAAGUCAAGCAUAUUGUGAUUAAUAUAUAUUUAUGUUUUACUUAGACGUUAUUUAAACAGAAUAAGAAAUAAUGUGCGCGAUUCGUAUCAUUAUAUAUAUUGGGUUAAACGGAAAGUUCGUGCCGUUUUUUACUAACAGAUGAAGACGGAAAGAACGGCAGGAACUUUCCAUUCAACUCAAUAUAUAAAAUAUUGUUUUCCUGAUAUACACUUAUUUUACAUUGUCACUUAAAUAAUUUUAUGAUGAUUAAUUUUAUAAAAUAAUCUAUUAUGACGCAUUAUAACUAUGUGAUUCAAACAAAUUAAUAAUUUAUAAAUACUCAUAAUUUUUUUUUUUAUGCAAAAACAUUCCAGAAAUUUACAUAUAUAUAUAUAUAUAUAUAUAUCGCACCUCAGAUUUAUUAUACUGCCGCAAAACAUGUUACAAACGAGUUGUAAAAUGGUGAUAGCAAUAUGUUGAUUAUUUGAUUCUUCAACAGUAGAUUAUAAAGCACAUAAUUAAAUUAUACUUAAAUUAUAAUAUAUCUCUUGAAACACACAGUGUGCGUGUAUAUCUAUAUGUGUGUCCAUAUUAAACUAUUGUGCAAGGUCAGCUCUAUUAUAUUUUUAUUGAGAAACGAAUCUUAAUGAUGAAGUAUUAGAUUGUAUAAUAUUCUAUUCUUGUUUUAUAUUUUAAUUUAUGGAUGCUUUCACAUGUUUACUUUGGUGAUUUGAUCGCAUGUAUAUUACAUGUACAUUAAUUUAGAGAACGCGAGUAAAAAUAGUAAGUAAAAAAUAAUAUACAAAAAAAGAAUAUCAUCAAUUAUGCAUUUUAUCAUUGAAAUUGAAAGAAUGCUAUUGUUAUUAUGUAUUUAACACGUUUGUUAUCGAUCAAUAUUUGAGUUGUACAGUUAACGUUUGACAUUAAGAAUCUAUAAAUCAAUAUGUGCCAUGUGAUUAUGAGAGUCUAUAGAGAAUACUUCUGGGAUUUGAAAUCUGCAAUGAAGUAAAUUUGCAUCAAAACGUGUUAACUACAUUCACAAUAUUCACUUCUAUUAUGCAUUAAUAAGUGAAGUUUAGAUUAUUAAAAGUCACGAAUAU